AUGAAACUCCAAUUUUUCGGUCUCCUAACUACCAUUAUAGCAUCUGUCUUUGCCAAACAAACUGAGCAAGAAGCAGGUCAGAGUAUAAGGAAAAUAGUGGGAAAUGACUCCAAUAUAAUUUUAAGCAUUUUCAGUGAAAGUGAUGCCAUGCCUGUAGGUAUCAGUGUCUAUUACGUAUCGACUGACGCAUGCGAAGGUGUGGCCAGUGACGGUGACCCUAUUAUUGUGUUGCGUGAAGGAGGGUACCUCGAGCGUAAUUUCAACAUUAAUAAAAAGAUCUCCUUAACUUUAACCGAAAAUAAUGGUAAGACACCAUUAUUCUCGGAUUCUGCUAUCCUUUUCGGUGGUUUGUCAAAGAUUGAACAAUCAGAAGAAUUGAAGAAGUGUUUCUUAAAGGCUCAUCCUGAUGCGGGUGCAUGGGUUCCUGGUCCCUCUAAUCUUAACCAGUAUUACCGUUACCAUAUCUCAAAAAUAUUCCAGUUUGCUGGCGCUGGAAGUUCUUCAUACCUUGGUUUCGUUGAUCCUAAGUAUUACUAUACUGUUGGUUAG